AGAGACUGCAGGCUCCUGGUGGCGGCCCUGGGGGUUCUCCAACUUAGAAUGCCUUAGCAUUAGUUUUUUUACCCACCGGUUUAGGGUAAAAGACCGGCAGUCUCAAGGAGAAGAGACAGGAUUCCGGCUCCAGAAGCACGGUCUGGAGUCAGGGCGUGGGCCCGGGGAAUCCGCAGUCUGAAACAGGAAACUGCCCUAGCCCCGGACGAGCGUUCUCCGUGGGAUAGUCAGGAAACUUGCCACGGUAGGGAACGGGCCCUGCCUUCCCAGAGCUCCUCUAAAGGAAGAUGACUCAAGACCGACCUUUGCUUGCUGUGCAGGAGGCCCUGAAGAAGUGCUUUCCUGUGGUGGAGGAGCAGCAGGGCUUGUGGCGGAUCACUCUGAGGGACUGUGAACCCCUCCUGGCUUCCCUGGGCAACCUGGCAGAGCAGCUGCAGGCGGCACAGAAUCUGCGAUUCGAGGAUGUGCCAUCACUUCGGGCCUUCCCAGAUUUAAAGGAGCGGCUGAGGCGCAAGCAGCUGGAAGCUGGUGAUACUGUCCUGGACAAGUUAGGGGAGAGGCUAAACACUCUCCUCAAGGUGCGUGACACGGUCAGCAGCCAUGUGGAGCGAGUGCUUCAGAUCUAUGAGCAGCAUGCAGACACGGUGGGCAUUGAUGCUGUCCUACAAGCUUCGGUUGUGAGCCCCUCUGUGGCUGACAUGCUGGAAUGGUUGCAAGAUAUUGAGAGACAUUAUCGAAAGUCGAAGGUACCUGAAGAGAAAGUACCUCCUGUCCUCCAUCCAGUGGGGAGACUUGGCAAACAUCCAAGCUUUGCCCAAGGCCUGGGACCAGCUUCCGGAAGAUGAACACCAAGAGCUUGUGCAAGGUGCUGAUAUCCUAUUGAAUGUUUCCUUCUUCCUGGAAGAAUAAAGAAGCUGCGUGUUUAUCUGGAGACUAGGGGGAUGCAGUUGAAGACUGGCCUUCUGCAUUCUGGUGUUUCUGAAGUAAUGGCGGUAUUGCGACCCCUGACGUGUUUGCCAACUCAAUGCCUACGGUCUAAGGACUGGCUCUUGGGAGGAUUGUGCUUAAUGCUUCUGAUGUUGGGGCUUUUCCUUGCCAGGUCAUGGCUGAGAGCACAUGACCCCCCUUUGAGGUAGAGAGAAUGCAGGAAAGGCAGUGUGGAAGAACACUGGGGGCAGAAGCAGCAGCCACAGAAGUGGUAGGGGAGGCAAGGACAGGGUAGAGAGCGGCACCACCCUCCGCAUCAUCCAGAGCUCUGAGCCUCGUUGAUGCCAGGUCCUAGUUUCAGGUAUUUGUGUCACUACUGAAUUCCUUCAUAAAAGAAAAAAUGGCUUCAGUGUCUUCAAGAAAGAAGGGUGAUGCUGAUGGAAACAGUACAGGUCUCCCUCAGCUUAUAGUGGGGGCACAUCCCAAUAAACCCACCUUAAGUGGAAAACAAUGUGAGUCAAAAGUGUAUACUACACUGACCUACCAAACAUAGCUCAGCCCAGUCCACCUUAAAUGUGCUCAGAACAUGUACAGUGGGGCAAAUUAGCUUAAGUCUAACAACACAAAGUUUAUUUUAAAAUAAAGUGCUAAAAAGUGUUGAAUAUUUCAUGUCAUUGAUUGAAUACUGUACUAAAAGUGAAAAACAGAAUGGGUUUGAUACAGCGUGAUUGUAAGUGUAUCGGUUGUUUACUCUGGAGAUCGUGUGACUGGGAGCUGUGGCUUCUCCUGCCCAGUAUCAGGAGAGGUAGCCUACUACAUAUCGCUAGCCUGGAAACAGGCCAGAAUUCAAAGGACGGUUUCUAAGAAUGCGUAUCAUUAUCACACCAUGUUUAAGUGGAAAAACUAAGUCAGGGACUCCUGAGUGUUUUCUGAUCGCAGUAGCUCCUUAUGAACACAAUGUCAGCUUCCAGAGCCUACCAGCAGGGGGAGGUGGUGCAGCAUGAAUUAGCCUGAAGGUGGUGAAGGUGGUGUUCCUCUCUUGCUCGUACUGCUGCUAUCUGAGAGUAAUUGGGGAUAGUGGAACUCCUAAAUGACAGGGUUUUUUAAUGAAAGCUAGCAGCUGACUUGCCACGUUCCUCUGAUGUUGGAGUAGCUGCAUAGUUGGGAGAACAGCAGCCCAGAGUCAGGCGGGCAGGGUUGUGUUUGCAGCCCAGUGUCUUCAUCUGUGAAGUGGUGGUACUUCCAGACCUGUCAGCUUCCUAGGCUAUGGUGAAAAUCCGAGUCAUUGGAUGUAAAGAGACUUAAUAAAGAAUGUAAAUUUUUU